GGCGGCGCCGCGGUGCCUGCUUUCAGGCCGGGCUCUCCGGGUGGCAGAAGGACCGGGACCCAGGAGGGGGCUGGCGGGGGUUGGCCCAGUGAACCAUGGAGCUGUAUUUUGGUGAAUACCAGCACGUGCAGCAGGAAUAUGGUGUCCACCUGAGACUUGCCAGUGAUGAGGCCAAAUCCUUAAGGAAUUCCCAGCCCUCUAAGACAGGCUCGUACGGCGUCAGUAUCAGGGUCCAAGGGAUUGACGGCCACCCGUACAUUGUCCUAAAUAACACAGAACGCUGUCUAGCCCGUCCCUCUUUCCCCGACAAUGGCCCAUCGUUUCCAUCUCCCACCAUCCACACCAUGCCUCUCCAUGCCAGCAAUGGGUCCGUACUGAAGGAGUCCGGCUCAGAACUGCAGAUCCCUGAGAACCCAUAUGCCCAGCCCAGCCCCGCGCGACACCUCAAGCCAUCCUCCCUCCACGAGGGCAAGAAUGGCAUUCUGGAACGGAAAGGUGGCCCGGCGAGGCCAUCCCACCUCCUCAACUGCCAGAGACACCCAGAGCUUCUGCAGCCCUACGACCCCCAAAAGAGCCAACACCCUCCUGACAGCCCCUGGCUUACAAAGGUGACAACAGAAGGGACCCCCACUAAGACAUCUUGGACUUGCUUUCCCCCGUGCCCCAGCCCUCCUGGGGAGGACCUGGAUAAGACUGGGGUCACCGCCAUCCGGCUCUGCAGCUCCGUGGUCAUUGAAGAUCCCCAAAAGCAGACCUCCGUGUGUGUGAAUGUCCAGAGCUGUUCCAAAGAUGGGGUGAGAGAGGCCUCCCCCCGCCAUGGGAGCACCUCAGCUUCUCAUAGCCCACAGGGCCACCCUGAAGCCAAGAAAGCCCGGCCCGAUGUCCUUCCUUUCCGGCGACAAGAUUCAGCAGGGCCUGUCCUGGAUGGAGGCCGGUCUCGAAGGUCCUCAUCGGCCUCCACCACGCCCACGUCAGCCAACUCUCUGUACCGAUUUCUACUGGAUGACCAGGAUGCCAUCCACGCGGACCACGUCAAUCGCCACGAAAAUCGCAGGUACAUCCCGUUCUUGCCGGGCACUGGGCGAGAUAUCGAUACCGGUUCCAUGCCCUGUGUGGAUGAGUUGAUUGAGAAAUUUGAUGGGAAAUCCGGGCUCCUACCGAGAAGAGGCAGGUCUGGGAAGCGAGGAAGAAUCAAUCCAGAGGACAGGAAGCGGUCUCGAAGCGUGGACAGCGCCUUUCCCUUCGGGCUCCAGGGCAACGCGGAGUACCUGAGCGAAUUCACCAGGAACCUGGGCAAGUCCAGCGAGCACCUGCUGCGCCCGUCACAGCUGUGUCCGCAGAGGCCUCUGGCCCCGGAGCAGCGUGGCCAGCACAGCGCUAUCCGGGCCGGUGCGAAGCCGCCAGCAGACCCGCAGCCUGCCCAGGGGGCACACCCCGGGCCUCCCCAGCAGCCCCCAGACAGGAAAGUGCCAGAAAACAAAGAGAGUCAGGAAAGCGUGGUGGUAACCCGUGCAUCCUCCUCCCUUCCUGUGCCAAGUAAAAAAGAAGAAAUCAAAACAGCCACUGCGACACUGAUGUUGCAGAGUCGGGCGACGACCACCUUGCCUGACCCUGUGACCAAGAAGAUUUCUGUGAAGUCAUUUCCUUCCAGUACUGAUGCUCAGGCUACACCGGAUCUCUUAAAGGGCCAGCAAGAGCUCACUCGACAAACCAAUGAGGAGACAGCCAAGCAGAUACUCUACAAUUACCUCAAAGAAGGAAGCACAGACAAUGAGGAUGCCACUAAAAGGAAAGUCAACUUGGUCUUCGAGAAAAUCCAAACCUUAAAGUCUCGCGCAGCGGGGAGCACACAAGGAAAUAAUCAAGCUUCCUCAUCUGAACUCAAAGAUCUAUUGGAACAGAAAAACAAGUUGGCUCUAGAACUUGCUGAACUUGAGAAGCAGCUUCAACAAGAAGUCAAGAAUCAACAGAACAUCAAAGAAGAGAGAGACAGGAUGAGAGCGAGCCUGGAGGAGCUUCGAGGCCGCCAUGAGAGCAAGCUGGAAGAGAUUGCGAGGCUGCAGAAGCGACUGGAGGAAAGUGAAGGAGAGCUGCAGAAACACCUGGAGGAGCUCUUCCAGGUGAAGAUGGAACGGGAGCAGCACCAAACAGAGAUCAGGGAUCUGCAGGACCAGCUCUCAGAAAUGCACGAUGAAUUAGACAGUGCCAAGAGAUCUGAGGACAGGGAGAAAGGGGCUCUGAUUGAGGAACUCCUGCAGGCCAAGCAGGACCUCCAGGAUCUGCUGAUCGCCAAGGAGGAGCUGGAAGACCUCCUGAGGAAGCGGGAGCGCGAGCUCACUGCCCUGAAGGGUGCCCUGAAAGAGGAAGUUUCCAGUCACGACCAGGAGAUGGAGAAGCUGAAGGAGCAGUAUGACGCAGAGCUCCAGGCGCUCCGCGAGAGUGUGGAGGAAGCCACCAAGAACGUGGAGGUCCUGGCCGGCCGGAGCAGCGCGGAGCAGCGGCCGGCAGGGGCUGGCCUGCAGGAGAAGGAGCUGGCCGAGGAGAACACGCGGCUCCGGCUCCAGAUCGCAGAGCUGCAGCGCAGGGCGACUGAGCUACAGGAGCAGCUGGAGGCCCGGGGAGGCCAGGAGAUGGAGGCCAAGGAUGCACUCCUUAAGUGCAAGGGUGAAAUGCAGCAGCUAGCGGAGGCCCUUGAGAGUGCCAGGAAGGAGGAAGAGGCGUCCACGGAGGCCAGGAGGGCCCUGGAAAGCGAGCUGGAGAAGGCCCAGAGGGCGCUGAGCCGCACCACGCAGGAGCACAGGCAGCUGUGUGAGAAGCUCCAGGACGAGCCUGAGCAGAAGGAGCAGCUGAGGAAGCUGAGGAGCGAGAUGGAGAGCGAGCGGUGGUGCCUGGACAAGACCAUUGAGAAGCUGCAGAAGGAGAUGGCAGACAUUGUUGAAGCGUCCCGCACAUCCACCCUGGAGCUCCAGAGCCAUCUGGAUGAGUAUAAGGAAAAGACCCGCAGGGAGCUCACAGACAUGCAGAGGCAGCUGAAGGAGAAGACCCUGGAGGCAGAGAAGGCCCGCCUGGCAGCCUCCAACAUGCGCGAGGAGAUGCGCCUCCUGGAGGAAGAGUUGAGGGACCAUCAGCGAUCUCAGGAGGAAGAGCUCAUGAGAAGGCGGCUUCUAGAACAGACACUGAAGGAGCUGGAGUAUGAGCUGGAGGCCAAGAGUCACGUCAAAGAUGAGCGCAGCCGGCUGGUCAAACAGAUGGAGGUCUGGGGUGGGCCACUAGGGGCCUGGGCCUGUUCCUUCAGCUCUGAGGAAGCCCUGGGGUUUUCCUUUUGGUUUAGGCAACCAGAGGUCGCGCAGGUGAAAGCAGAGGAGCCGGGCCCUCUCCCAGCAGCAAGGUACAGGGCGUCCUCACCCGGGAGCGCGCAGAGUCUCGCGGGAAGCACGGGUUCCGAGGGGCUCUGUUUAGGUAGAACGGCAAGCAUUUGUAUAACCAUCUCUGCAAUCCCGGAGAAGCCAAGAACAUCUCAGAAACAAAUUCUGCCCAAGAGGAGACAUCAGAGGCCAGGGACUCUCGGUCAGCCUCCUUCAGGAAGAAUGGAGGUGGCGGGAAUUCAGGACCUACAAGGAAUCAAGUCCCCCGAUUCCCCUAACCUCUGGCUCUUUGCUUUGUUGUUGCAGAUGGAGCAGAUGAGGAGUGAGCUGCUGCAGGAGAGAGCUGUGAAGCAGGACUUGGAGUGUGACAAGAUUUCCCUGGAGAGACAGAACAAGGACCUAAAGAGCCGGAUCAUCCACCUGGAAGGUUCCUACAGGUCCAGUAAAGAGGGGCUGGUGGCACAGAUGGAGGCCAGGAUCACAGAGCUGGAGGACCGUCUGGAGAGCGAGGAGAGAGACCGGGCCAGCCUCCAGCUCAGCAACCGCAGACUGGAGCGGAAGGUGAAGGAGCUGGUGAUGCAGGUGGAUGACGAGCACCUGUCGCUGACCGACCAGAAGGACCAGCUGAGCUUGCGCUUGAAAGCCAUGAAGCGCCAGGUGGAGGAGGCGGAGGAGGAAAUCGACAGACUGGAAAGUUCUAAGAAGAAGCUGCAGAGGGAGCUGGAGGAGCAGCUGGACGUGAAUGAGCACCUGCAGGGGCAGCUCAAUUCCAUGAAGAAGGACCUGAGACUGAAGAAGCUACCAAGUAAAGUGCUAGAUGACAUGGACGACGACAACGACGAUGAUCUGAGCACCGAUGGGGGGAGCCUCUAUGAGGCGCCCCUGAGCUACGCCUUCCCCAGGGACAGCGCCAGCGUCAGCCAGAUCUGAAUCCACUUCCCGGGCUGCUGGACCAGGGCCUCUCACCCGACGCUGCAGCCGCCCA